AUGAAAGCUAUCAAUUCCUGUUGGCCUCAAUCUAGUGUUCAUGCUUGUUUCUUCCACUUGACACAAAACAUCUAUCGACAAGUUCAAAAAGCAGGUUUUACAACUAAAUAUGGGAACGAUGAAGAAUAUGCACAUGCAGUACGCAUGCUUCCAGCAUUAGCUUUUUUGGAAACCAAUGAUAUUUGUUCAACAUUUGAAGAUAUUGCUGAUCUACAAAUUCCAGAUCUAGAUCCACUUUGCNGGGUCUAUGACGAUUGUGUGUAG